UUUGUUUUGCACCCUUCACCCUUCCUCCAUCUGCGUGCUUUCAUAAACAAACUGCAUUUUUGUUCCGCUGGGGAACGCAUUGCCCUCUGGUUUGUCAGCCUGCCAGUAUUGUCAAAUCUCCGGCUCCUGUUUUUGAAAAGGCCGUGGAAGAACUUUGUUGUUGAGUCAGAACAGAAACGCGGGCUCUGCUACAACAAAAACAAUCUGAGCUGGGUUUUUUCCCCCCAACCGUCAGCGCGUGGAGGACUAUUGCACCGAGGCGAGCUAAAGGCUGGACUUCACAGUCUUAACAUUUGCUCUUUCCUUCAACUAUUAAACUCACAGUCACUACAGACCGCUGUGUAUACUUUGAACAGCUUCAGUUUUAGCAGACAUGGUGAAGCUGACAAAAGCCAAGACCUUCCAGGCCUACCUGGACUCUUGCCACCGCCGUUACAGCUGUGUGCACUGCCGCGCCCAUCUGGCAAACCAUGACGAUCUUAUCUCAAAGUCAUUUCAAGGCAGCCAAGGCCGAGCGUACCUCUUUAACUCAGUGGUUAAUGUUGGCUGCGGUCCCGCUGAGGAGAGGCUGCUGCUUACAGGACUCCACGCAGUGGCCGACAUUUACUGUGAAAACUGUCACACCACUCUGGGCUGGAAAUAUGAGCAAGCCUUCGAACUCAGCCAGAAGUACAAGGAGGGGAAGUACAUCAUAGAGCUAUCCCAUAUGAUAAAGGACAACGGCUGGGAUUGAAAUGGAAAAACCGCCAUGCUUCUUCAUGACUUUUUAAAAAGGAAAAAAAAAAAAAA